GUCUUUAGCAAAUCACCAGUGAAAACAGACGCGCAACGUGUUACUGCUGAUGAUUAUCGAAAAAAGUGACACGAAGUUAUUUGACAUUCAACAUUGAAAGAAAAAACCAUUUUAAAGAAAGAAAAGAGGUUUAAAUUAAAUAAAAAUGACAAGAAUAACGUGGAUGCAGCAUAAUUUUAACGAAAGUUAUUCCAAGGAUCCAAAUCAAGCUGCAGUUCUUCUUGAUUCUGUGACUCAUCGUAACAUCUCAGAUUUUAGAUAUGCUUUGGAAGUGAUGAAAUGUAAUCCAAAUCUUCUCGAUGCGUCAACGGGAUUAUCAGUUUUCGAAACUGUUUUACAAAUCCCUAAAUCUUCUGAUUUUAUUAAACUUUGCAUAAACAGUGGUGCUGAUUUCUAUAAAAAAAACGCUACUAAUCGUUAUCCAAUUCAUUAUGCUAUUAAAUCAAUGUGUCCACAAAACCUUGAAAUAUUUCUCCAAAAUUACGAUCCAUCCAAAAUCAAUUUGAAAUUUAAUGGACAAAGUUCUUUACACUUGCUGAUCAGUUUAAUGACGAACGCGAAUUAUAAAGAUGUUAGUGAAUGUGUUAAGCUUUUGUUAAAACUCGGCUGCAAUCCAAACAUACCAGACAACACUUUAAAAACGCCAUUCUAUAUGUUACUCGGGAAAUAUCCUUUAUUGGAUAAUUGUAAGGAGAUUGUCAACUACUUCAUGGAAAAUUGUGACAUCGACUUUCAUACUUACAAAGGUCAAGAAAUUAUGGAGAUGAUGGAAAAACAAUUUCCCCGGUUUAAAAUACCGCCACCAGAAAUGAUUGUAAACUUUGAUUUUAUGAUGACACUUUUGGAUAAUCGCGAAGAACUCGGAUUUGAUAUUUAUUAUAAAGCAUUCAAAGAUUCAGUUGAUGCGGAGAAUCAGAAUAAUCUUACAGAUAUGUGCUUGAGAUUUUUUGAAAUCGCAGUAGCGAAUGGCAUGAAGGAAUCUGUUGAAUUUUUAUUGGAUGAACGUGUUGAUGUAAACAUGCGACCAAACGAAGCGAAAUAUUUGAAACCGCCAGCAUUUUUAGCUUGUUCGAACGGUUACUUUAGGAUACUCGAUCUUAUGUUGAAAAGGCCUGAAUUGAACUUUGACUUUCAAAAUGAAUCGCAGAAGUUCACAUUGCUUCAUGAAAUCUGUCAAAAUUUUGCAUCAAAAACUGAAGAAAACAGAAAUGUUAGUUUUCAAAAAUGUUUUGAUUUAGUGUUGAAAGAUUCACGGUGUGAUCCAAAUGCUGAAGACGAUCUUGGUUGCAGCGCCUUACAUUACACAGUCAGAUACAAGAAUGAUGAAGCAACAAUUGCUUUGCUAAAGAAAGGCGCUUACAUUAAUGAAGAAAGUUUUUUCGGUAAAACACCGAUUGAUGAAAUCUCACGUGUUACUUUUGAGAAGUUUUUAAAUGAAUGUAUUACAACGAAUACGUCAAGAGAUAAAAAUCGUCAACCUGACAUACAAAUCGAUUACAAUUUUCUAAUGGCACCCAAAAGAAAUCGAGAAAAUGACAGUGCUGAUCAGGAUGGAUUUUGUAAGGAAAUUUUAGCGUUAAGAAGGAUUUCAGAAAAUGAAGAAUUAAGAAGUUUAGUUAACCAUCCCGUGUUAAGCAGCUUUUUGUUUCUUAAAUGGUCCAAAUUAAGUUUUCUCUUUUACACAAAUUUGGCCUUGUUUUCAAUCUUCAUGGUAGCAUUUAUCGUAUUUAUUGUAUCAUGUCAAUAUCUUCCAUUAGCUGAACGCGAAGAUUAUUGGUUUUAUUUGCUUUUCGAAAAACUUUCAGUCAUAACGUGGGUGGUUUUUCUUUUGAUAUCAAGAUUUGAAUCAAAGGAUCGAAGAAUUCUUAGAGCUGUUCUUAUUUUAUGUGCUGCUUUUGAGUUUCUACAGAUUGUCGGUAAUCUUCCUAUCUUAUCAGUUUCAACUCACAUGGUGAUUUUGAAACGAGUUUCAAUUACUUUCCUUAAAUCGAUCGCGUUGUAUUCAAUUCUUUUAUUAUCUUUUGGUUUAUCAUUCUUCAUGCUAUUCGGUGAAAGUCAAGAUGGAAGUCCAAGAAUGGUUAAGAGAGAUGUCAAUGAUGAUGAUCCAGGAUUAAAUUGUCCAAAAUGUGACGAUGAUGAUGAUAAUGCUUACAAAAAUUUUAAAGGUCCUGGAAUUUCAAUUUUAAGAACUUUCGUGAUGCUUACAGGAGAAUUCGAUGCCACUGAUAUGAAGCUUGAUAAUGGAGCUAUUUGCGUAAUAUUCACAACAUUUGUAUUCUUAAUCACAAUUGUUUUGUUUAAUCUUUUGAAUGCACUCGCCGUGUCAGACACUCAAGCAAUAAAAUCAAAAGGAGAAAUCAUCGAUUUGAUUCAAAGAAUUCAAGUUUUGGACAGUUAUGAAAGAAUAAUUUUCAACAGAAGUUCGAGAAUCAAAUCACGUGUUGGGCCAUGGUUAAGAUCAUUUAUAAGUCUCUUCCCGAACACCAUUCCAAAUGGAAAAAUUAUUAUCAGACAAAGUCGAAACAAUGAAAUUUUAACUUAUAGAACUAAUCUACCAACAAGAAACUUUAACGACAGUAGUUGUUUGGAACUUGAAGCUAUAAGUAAUCGAUCGUUUCGAAAAAUCACAAUAAAUGACCAACUUCUUGCAAGACUUCAGAAAUAUUCUAAAAUGAGUGCCAGCAUAAUGAAAAAAAUUCGACAUAUUCUGGAAACGAGAGAAGAACAGAAAAUUACUGCUAUGAAUGAAAAAAUGUUGAGGGAUGAUGUUGCAGCAAUUAAAAUUCAAAUGGAUAAUCAACUCAGAUUAAUUAAUGAAAUUUUAUCGAAACAAAAUUUAGAUUUGAAGAAGGAUUGA